GUGGUCACUUCUGAAACUCGAGCCACUGGAGACGGAUAGCAAGGAAACAUUUCACUCUCUCCCCUCUCUCCUUUUUCUCUGCCCUUUCUCUCUCUCUCUCUCUCUCUCUCUCUCUCUGUAUACCUUUGCCUUUUGACAUUUUUCUAGAGAGAUUGAGAAUUGAGAGAUUUAUUUGGAGCAGCUCUCCCUGUCUCUACUCCCUCUGUGUCUCUCUUGGUGGCUUUGCAGGGGUCAGUGCUUGCAUCUUGUUCUCUCACGUAGCAGUGGGGGCCAUGGAGAGUUGAGAGGAAACAGGACCCUACGGGGGGAAACAUUCUACUCUCUUCAGAAUCAGAGCAGCCAUACUGACAGUGAAAAUAAUAAGGCUUACAAUUAAUCUCAAGGAGGAUCCAAAAAAAAGAGAAAGAAAUCAACAGUGAAAGAAAAAAGGAACGUGGAACCUGAACAACCUGAGAAUCUCCUCUUCGUUUCUGCCUGCGAGCCGUGGAACCAUGAGCAUCAUUGUCGUGAGGGGGUGAGUGAGUGGGGCGCUGGUAGUGCUACAACCCCCCCACACACACACACACUCACACACGGACACACAGGUGCUUCCCCGUACAGCGCACACUUGGACAGGUGGCUGGGUGGACGGUAUGAGACUGGUGCUGCUCGAGUGGGGGCUGGUGGUGGUGACAGUGGUCGCCGGUGUGGUGAUGGCUGCUGGAGGAGGAGGAGGAGGAGGCGGAGGAGGAGGAGGUGGAAGUCACAGGCGUGGUGGUGGUGGUGGUGGUGGAGGAGGAGAGAGGCGGCGUAAACUUCACCGUGUCCAGCAGGGCCAGUGCAGCUACACCUUCAUCCUGCCUGAGGUGGAGGGCUGCCAGGGGACCCCGGACCAAUAUGGCGGCAUGAAUGUGGUGCAGAGGGACGCUCCGCCGGUGGAGAGCGACUGGUCCAGCCAGAAGCUGCAGCACCUGGAGAUGGCCAUGGUCAACAACACGCAGUGGCUGCAAAAGCUAGAAAAUUAUAUUCAGGACAACAUCAAAACAGAUACCGUACAGAUCAAUGCAGAUGCUGUCCAUAACCAAACGGCAACGAUGUUGGAAAUCGGAACCAAUUUGCUGACCAAGACUGCAGAGCAAACUCUGAAGCUGAAUGUUGUAGAGGCAAAGGUCAUGAAUCACACAUCUCGAAUUGAAAUUCAGUUAUUGGAAAACUCAUUGUCUACAAACAAACUUGAGAAGGAGCUUUUGAUGCAGACUUCAGAGAUUAAUAAACUUCAAGACAAAAACAGCCGGCUGGAGAAUAAGGUGCGAGUGCUGGAGUCCCAGCAGCGGACGGAGCUUGAGGACAUGCGGGAGGGGAAGCAGCGGCUCCAGGAGGUGGUGCGGAGGCAGAUGGAGGCCAUCGAGGCCUUGGAGAGGCAGCUGCGGGCCGCCAGCUCCAACAACUCGGCCCUGCAGAGGCAGCAGCAGCAGCUCAUGACCUCUGUGCACACACUCAUCGGCCUUGUCUCUGGGGGCUCCACUACCCACCGCCCAGGGUCAAAGCUGAAAGAGCAGAAGUUUCAAGACUGUUCACAGGCCUUUAAUGCAGGCCACAACAUCAGCGGUGUCUAUUACGUUUACAUUGGCAACAUGACAGCACCAACCAAGGUGUUCUGUGAUAUGGAGACAAGUGGCGGAGGAUGGACGUUGAUUCAGCGUAGGAGCGACGGUAGCACUGAUUUCCAGAGAGGGUGGGAAGACUAUAAAAUGGGUUUUGGUGACCCAGCUCUGGAACACUGGCUGGGCAACGAAGCCAUGCACCAGAUGACCAGCCAGACACAGUAUUCUCUCCGAGUGGAACUGAAGGACUGGGAGGGACACGCACAUUAUGCUCUUUAUGACCGAUUCCAGCUGGCCAGCGAAAAACAACAGUACAGACUGUUUCUGAGAGGCUACAGUGGCACUGCAGGGCAGCAGAGCAGCCUGGUGUCCCAUGGCACUGCCUUCAGCACCCGAGACAAAGACAACGACAACUGCCUCUGCAAGUGUGCACUCAUGCUCACGGGCGGCUGGUGGUUCGACGCCUGCGGCUUCUCCAACCUCAACGGCAUCUACUACGCCGUCGGCCACAACAUCCGAAAGCUCAACGGCAUCAAGUGGCACCACUUUCGAGGGCCCAGCUACUCCCUGCGCUCUACGGCCAUGAUGAUCCGACCAUACAACUUCUGAGCGGGACUCCCACAGAGGAGGCAGGCGGGCGGGCGCCCCCCUCGCUGGCCCUCCACCCCCAGGAACAUUUUCACAGGAUUCUCCUACAAGCGUGACGAGCCCGAAGCAAACAUUUGUAAAUCAGCGUCUUAAAUCUUAAACAAUCAAUCAGUCGCUGAAUGCUUGGAGCUGAUUUGCUGUAACUAGAGCUGGAGACAGUGGUCGAGGCGAAGACUGACAAAGGCUUCAUCCUUUGGCUGCUUCCCAACACCCAGACAAGCCAGGCCAAUCUACCCAUCGACAGCCCAGAUCCCCCACCACAUCCCCAUCCCCAUUCCCCCUCUGCCCCCCCACCGGCCUCAUCAGUUCUCACACCAUGUGCCCCGCCGUGUCAACAGAUUGCCUUGACAGCUCUCCAUCCUUCUGUCAUUGCCUCAGCGCUGUCAGCAGUCAUCGUUGUCAAGACAGCGUCAAAUGAAUGUGAGGGGAAAAUGUGGCAGAGCCCCUCACAGGCCACAGGGCCCACUGGAGAUGAAUAUCAGUGUGCUGCUCAAGAGACAGGAGAAGAGAAACUCAGAGAGGACAGAGUUGAUUUCCUGGAAUCCACUAGAACUGCACUUGAGAUGUGUAGAGCGAACGAAAUGUGAUGAACUAAAAAAUCCCUUUAACUCUUUGAUAACAUUCUAUUUUUAUAUGUUUUAUUAUUACUUGUCAAGAGCAGACCUAGUUUUCUACUUCAACUUAAACUGGAUUGCAGGAUGUUACGGUAAAUGUAUGCUCACAUGUGGGGAAGAGUGAAAAGGCAUGACAACAGAGGCAGAAAGAGAGAGACAAAGACUCUUUGUGUGACAUUUUGUACUCCUUGGAAAAAAGGUUUGACUUCAUUGGUAUGAAGGAUUAUCAUUCUCCACACCAACCAUCAAAUGUUAUGGUGGCUCUUCAUUAUCUUUGCUCAAGCAUUAUCUGUUUCCUCAAACAUUAUCUUACCUUUUGGGAAAACGCACUUUAAGAGGUAUAGAAAUGUCCUUUCACUCUAGCUGUACAAUGUGUAGUUGGAGUUGAGAGAGUUUGUAGCCAAAUUAUACCUAGACACAGUAUGCCACCGUUAUACACAACUGUUGCCUUGUGUCACUUUGUCUUUGUGCCUAUGUUCAUGUACGCAUUUCCUCAAUAUGAUUGCGAAAGGGAAUUGCUGUAAUAAAGACCUGCUUUUUAGAUACUGACCCUUUAAGAAACAUCACCGAUAUACACAAUAUACUCACUGUCAGUAUGAGGAGACCCACAGACAGACCUACACCUGUUGUUUACUCACGUAUUUAGACAUAAUUUGUACAUGAAAUUCUUAUAACAGCUACCAGUAAAACAGAAUUAAAAGUAACUUUCCUUUAAA